ACAAAUAUAAUAAAUUAUAGGAAUAUUUCUAUUAAAUAUACAUAGUGGAAUUAAUUAACUAUAUUGUUAAUAUGUUGUGGACAAGAUGAUUAUAAGUUUUAGUGUUAAAUUAAUAUUAAAACAGUGCGGAUGAAAUUUGCAGAUUUUGAGAUUGUAUGAAGUAUUUAAGAAGUUUUGAUGUCCAAACAAGAUGAAAUUUGCAGAACAUUUGUCAGCACAUAUUACUCCAGAAUGGAGGAAACAAUAUAUAAAUUACGAGGAAAUGAAAGCAAUGUUAUAUACUGCUGUAGAGGAGGCUCCUGCAGCAGAUUCCGUAGAACCAGAAGUGUUGGCUAGACAUUUUGCACAUUUCGAUGAACAGUUUUUCCACUAUUGUGAUAAUGAACUUAAGAAAAUUAAUACUUUUUACUCAGAAAAACUUGCCGAAGCCACCAGGAAAUUUGCUGCUUUGCACACAGAGUUAAAAGCAUCUUUAAGAAUGGGUAGCAAUAAGAGCAAGCGAGAAACAGCAAAAAAGGCCCUCUUGCCAUACCGCAAAGUCCAGGAAUUAAAAUUGGCUUUUAGUGAAUUCUAUUUAUCUUUAAUAUUACUCCAGAAUUAUCAGAAUUUAAAUCAUACGGGUUUCAGGAAAAUACUCAAAAAACACGAUAAGCUUUUAUCUGUCGAAAUUGGUGCCAAAUGGCGAAAGGAGCAAGUUGAGACCUCACAUUUUUUUACAAAUAAAGACAUUGAUAAACUUAUUAAUGAAACUGAAAGUGCUGUGACUAAUGAUUUAGAAGGUGGUGAUCGCCAAAGGGCGAUGAAAAGGCUGAGAGUACCUCCCUUAGGCGAACAACAAAGUCCCUGGACAACUUUUAAAGUCGGACUAUUUUCCGGAAGCUUUAGUCUUAGUAUAACAGUCAUACUCUCCGCAAUUUUUCGAGACACAACAACCGAAAGUCUCCUGAUAGCAUUCAGACUCUACAGAGGUCCUCUUCUGAUAAUCGAGUUUAUUUUUCUUCUCGGAGUCAACGUUUACGGUUGGCGUUCAUCAGGAGUGAACCAUGUCUUGAUUUUCGAGCUGGACCCAAGAAAUCAUCUAUCUGAGCAGCAUUUGAUAGAAUUGGCAGCAAUUUUUGGGGUCGUCUGGACCUUAAGUAUACUUAGUUUUAUUUAUAGUGCCAGUCUGAGCAUUCCUCCGUAUGUCAACCCUUUGGCGUUGACUGCGAUCAUGGUCGUGUUCCUGGUGAACCCUUUCAAGGUCUUCAGACACGAGGCCAGGUUCUGGUUGUUAAAAAUCUGUGGCCGGAUGAUAGCAGCACCGUUUUUUGCAGUGGCGUUCGCUGAUUUCUGGCUCGCCGAUCAAUUGAAUUCCCUUGUGGGUUCCAUGCUGGACUUUCAUUUUUUAGCUUGUUUUUAUAUCACUAAUGGAAAUUGGCUUCAAGCAGCCGGAGAUACCUCACAAUGUAUGGAAAAUUCCUUCAUAUCCAGGCCGAUUGUGAAUUGCAUUCCAGCCUGGAUCAGGUUUGCCCAGUGUCUUCGUCGGUAUCGAGAUUCCAGGGAAGCUUUUCCCCAUUUGGUGAACGCUGGCAAAUAUUCGACGACUUUUCUGGUCGUCAUUUUUGCCACUUUGAAGAACUUUUAUGCAAGCAAUUACGAAAGCAAUUUUGAGAAUCCCUAUCUCUAUCUGUGGCUUAUAAGUUCGGUGGUGAGUUCAUUGUACGCUUACACGUGGGAUGUUAAAAUGGAUUGGGGGUUGUUCGAUAGCAAUGCUGGGGAAAAUCAAUUUUUAAGAGAAGAAAUUGUAUACUCAUCAACGAGUUAUUAUUAUUUUGCCGUCAUAGAAGAUUUUAUUCUAAGAUUUACGUGGCUGCCAUCGUUUCUUUUAACCGAGUACAAUUUUGUGAGCGGGGACAUUCUUACAUCUAUACUGUCACCAUUGGAAGUGUUUAGGAGGUUUGUAUGGAAUUUCUUCCGUUUGGAAAACGAACAUUUGAAUAAUUGUGGUAAAUUCAGAGCCGUUCGUGAUAUUUCUGUGGCCCCCUUAGAUUCAUCGGAUCAAUUAACUAUUUUAAGGAUGAUGGACGAGGAUGAUGGUGUUACAAAUAGGUAA